CCGCCCCUAACCAUGUGACUAUCACACGGCGCGUACAGCUGGGGAAUGGAGAGACCGGCAGCUUUACCAAGCUCAGUGAACCUAAACAAUGGCAUUACAAUGCCACUUCUUGGCCUGGGCACUUUUCGCUUACGUGAGCUCCAGAAUAUCACCAAGGCAGUGGAUGCUGCCCUAGCAUGUGGCUAUCGCUCGUUUGACACUGCCUGCGUCUACCGAAACGAAGCAGAUCUAGGUUGUGCCUUGCGCCAGCUUCUGCCUGUUCACGGAUUGACACGCUCCGAUAUUUUCAUUACCAGCAAGUUGGCACCUGCUGAUCUAGGUCAGAAUGCACGGGAAGCCUGUCUGCAGAGCUUGAAGGAAUUGGGGUGUGAAUACCUGGACCUUUAUUUGAUACACUGGCCAGGCAGGCAAGGUUGGCGGAGUGAUGAUGCCCGAAAUGUAGAAGCAAGAAAAGAGGCUUGGAAAGCCAUGGAAGACCUAUAUGAUGCUGGCCUUAUAAAAGCAAUUGGUGUGUCCAACUACACAGAACAUCAUUUGACACCACUGCUGGCAUCAUGCCGUGUGAAGCCUGCUGUGUUGCAGGUGGAAUUUCACCCACAGCUCCCACAAACAGACCUGCUGAGCUGGUGCACAGAGAAUGGGGUCCAUCUGCAAGCUUAUUCCUCCUUGGGGUGUGGGAAUUUGUUGGGAAAGGAGGAUGUGAAGAAGGUAGCAAAUGUUUACAGGAAAACACCCUCACAGGUACUCUUACGCUGGGCACUAAGGCAAGGUGUUGGGGUUAUUCCAAAAUCCUCCGAUCCUGAGCGAAUAAAGGACAAUUUUGAUGUUUGGGACUUUGACCUUACGGAAGAGGAUAUGCAUGAGUUAAGAAUGGAUGGCAAAGAACACAGAUACUGUUGGGACCCUACAGGUGUUGCAUAGUAUAAACAGCAAAAACUAGCACCACAAUAUGUGAUUUAUAAAUAAAUGAUAUCUAAACAUCAUCAAGUACAAGCCCCUGUAACUAACCUGGUAUCUGUAUUUUGUAUGAAAUCUCUGUGUACCGCUACAAUUACAAUACUGCUUUAAAACAGGGUGU